AUGGCUGCCAACUUGACCAAUGAAAUCAGCGUACAAUCAGUCAUUUCUGAUGUCCAGCGUGGCACCUGGACACCACUGGUCAGCGAUGUUGUGGUCAGCGUCUUUCUGCUAGUCAAUCAUGUCGUUUUAAGCUCCUUCCUGUGCGUCACAGGAACCGUGGCCAACGUCAUCAAUUUAUGCGUGUUUUUAAAGCAAAGGCUUGACACUUCGAUGAACAUUAGCCUGUUUGCUAUGUCCGUCGCUGACCUGGUCGGCCUGGUCACUCUACUGUGGUUGAACAUUUGCAGUAACCCGUUCAUCAACAAUCUUGAUCCAAAUAUUGUCUUCACCGAAGUGUCCUACUUGACAGCUGGCUGGCCUCACGGCUGCGCCUCUCGUAUAACUAGCUGGAUGACCGUGUACAUCACGGCUGAGAGAUGUCUGUCCAUCGCCAUUCCCUUAAAGAUCAAAGAAGUCAUCACGCCUUCAAGAACCGCCGGGGUUAUAUUUGGCAUCUACUUGGCGAAUAUUCUCUCCCUUGUUCCCGAAUACUCAACGGCUUACUUCGACUGGACGCACAACCUGGCCAAAAAUAAAACCACGUUUGGUCUGGCUUUUCGAAGCAACCGGCCACAGACGAAAGGGCUGACGUUUCUCUUCCACGGCUCGUUCACCCUCAUUUCCUUUUUCUCCGUCAUCCUCUUUACGUCUGCUCUAAUCUUGGAGCUGAAGCGCACAUCGCAAUGGAGGCGGCAGACGACGUCGAGCGAGCGGCAGACAGCAGCCAUGUCAAAGCGAGACCGGAAAACCAUGGUGAUGAUAGUGCUGGUGGCGCUGUCGCUCAUCGUCUGCUUCAUCCCGACGGUGGUGCUGUCCAUUGUGACGAUUAGCGUGACCGAGUUCAGUCUGGUGGGCAAGGAGGUCAACCUCUUCAAUACCUGUUGGUCAUUUGGAUUUCUGCUGCACUCGGUCAACUCCAACGUGCAUUUUAUCCUUUACUACAAGAUGAGUUCUAAAUAUAGGCUCAAUUUUAAUGAACUGUUUGGAAGAAAAGUGAAAGGCAAGGGAGAUAAUCAGAAUGAGAGCGACACUCACGAAUAA